GAAGCUUUCAUGUUUCCAUGGCCCGGACAGGAAGCAAAGGAUCCUCCCAGGCCGAGAUGCCCGAAGAAAUGCAGCCGCUUGCAUCAUUGCUCCAUCAACAACAUGCUGUGUUGCUUCAGAGAUUGGGCUUCCAAGACAACCUGCUGCGACAGGUGCUGAUGGAAGUGCCUCACACCCAGCUUCGACCAGCAGCCCCGGUGGUUGAAAUCUACGGUGAGGAUUCGGCGGUCUUUGACGGCACGAUCGGCGUGCGAGGCGCAUCGAAAGACUCCGUCCCGAGAGAAUCUCAGGAAGAAACCCAGAUCUCAGAGGGCGUCACGCCCACUGACAAGGAUGGCUGGGCACGAAAGGAAGAUUUUCAGAGUCUGGAGCUGCGGCAGCUGCGGUCCUACUCCAAAGAGGAUUUGGAGCUGAAACACGAAGCGGAAGUGGCAGAUGCCGAUUUCCUUCGAAAAAUGUUUUCACGAAAUUCACACCAUCAUGGACAAUUGAAAGGCAUUAAGGGCUCGUGCUUGCAAAACCUGGUGGGCCAUCCUGGUUUUGACAUGUUCUUCGCCUGUGUGGUCGUCACCAAUGCAAUUUUUAUCGGGUUUGACGUCGAAAGAAGUCUUGGAGAUCCAAAUCCAAGACCUUUGGCUUUCCAAAUGAUUCAAUCGCUUUACACUGUCCUCUUCUGUUCCGAACUGGCUUUACGCUUCGCAGCUUAUGGGGUCCGGUUAUUCUGCUCGGAAGACUGGGCCUGGGUUUUGAUGGACACCUUUAUCGUUUUGAUUUCGAUCUGGGAGACUGUCGUUGAUAUUUUACAGGCCUUGGAGCCAGAAAGUGAUGAACUGGGCAGCAUUGCAGGCGUUUCAACACUUAAAGCAUUUCGAGUUGUUCGAUUGACCCGACUGCUGAAGAUAGCACAAGUUGUCCGGAUUUUUCGUUUUGUGAUCGCCCUGCGGACCUUGGUUCAAUCCAUCUUCCACACGUUGAAAGCGUUGCUGUGGGCGCUGCUUUUGCUUCUUCUCAUCGUCUUCGUUUUCUCCGUGCUCUUCGCCCAGGCGAUCAGCGAUUUCACCAUAGACCUGGAAGAGCAGAAUUUGGAGGUGCCUCCGGUCCUAGAAGAAGAAGGGCGUCGCUAUUUUGGCAAUCUCCCACUGAGCAUGUUGAGUCUAUUCAUGAGCAUUGCAGGUGGUGUGUCUUGGGAGGAAGUCUUAAAGCCGUUGCUUCAUGUCUCUUCCUUGUGGGCACUUUGCUUCAUUUUCUACAUUUGCUGGUAGUUGGACCUGGACGCACCCGAUGCUUGAAACUAUUCAGAUUCAACCAACCACGCUGCCUGAAAAGGCGACCGAAGUGCUGUCACAUAGGCUCAGAGAUGCUUGGCGAAUCAGAAAAUAUGAGGAAUUCUUGGAACUUGACCGACGCGACUCAACGGUUUGUGCAGACAUUCCAUGUGACCUGACCCGCAUUAAUAUUCUGCGCAAGAAAAAACUCAACAGUCACGAACUGGCUGUUGUAACUGGUGCUUUCAUUUCACCUCAAUGUCGAAAUGCCAUGGGAGGUGCUGAAGAAACAUGCCCUUAUUGCCAACAUGUUUGUGCCACUGUGCAGCACAUGCUUUGGGAAUGUACUCAGAACCCACACCGUGAUCCUACUAUUAGACCCCACGAUGUGCUGCAGGAAAGACUCGCAUGGCCCACUACUGAUCCUACUAAGGUGGACCAUGACAACAAACUUCUAAGGUUUGCAGCUGCAACACGUGCUGAUGUGUUGCAGCAGCGCCACGACGACUAGAACCACCUCCAUUCUAUUCUGGCGAUCGCCUCUGGCCUGCGCUGCGGCUGCGGGCAAGUGCGGGCAGCGUCAUUGUCUACAUCAUCA